GAAAACAGAUUCUUCCCUACUCUUCUCCACACACGAAAAACAUCCGUCUCUCUCUCUCUCUCUCUCUCUCUCUCUCCACAUCUCUGUCUGCAUACACACACAGUUCUGUAUCUACACCUUUGUUGUGCUCGGUCUCGUCAAUUGUCGAAUUACACGAAACCUCUCGAGCUUUGACUGCGUUACUGAGACUUACGUCAGCUCCGGAGCUUCUCUCCGUUUGUUCCUACUACAGUUCCGGCGUGAUCGACGGCUCUGAUCGCCGUUCCAGCUCCUGUGUUUGGACCAAAAAAGAUUAUGAUUCUAGUGCUCCAUUUUUUUUCUCAAGAAUUGUCCAAUUUAUUUGGACAUGUCUCCAUGAUGAAUCAUUACACUGCUGAUAACCACUCCUCCAUGCAACUGGGAGCAUGAGUCUCUUGUGCAAGUUUGAGGUCAACUGUUACAUCCAUCUGUGGAAGAUUCAUCUCAAGCUAAAGGCGUGACAACUGUAUUUAUCACAUUUACCAUUCAAUACAUACAUGGUUACUUUAGGGGAAGCAUUCCAAGAUGAAGUUGCUUCUGAUAAGUCACAGCAGAUGAAGAACCUAGGCUCUGGAUACCGUGAGCCACAACCCAAUCAAGAAGGAAAUGCUCUUUCUGUGUUUCCUGAGAAAGAAAUGGGUGAGUCGCAGAAGACCAGACCUGAUGCUGAGCUUACUACAUCAAGAUGCAAUGAAGAAGGAAACAAUUCGUCAACAAUAGCUGAGAAAUUGUUGAAGAACAUGGAGCAGAAAAAUAGUUCUGAUAGUACCAGCAGAGAUCAGACAUCUCAAUCCAGUCAAGAAGGGACCCCGCACUCUUUACUACCUGUGAGAGUGUUGCCGAGACAGAGCCCUGAUACUACUACUUGUGGGGUUCACAACUCUGUGGCCAAUCAAGAUGGAACGUCGCUUCCUCAAACGCCUGAGAGAGCUGCGGAUAAUUUACAGCAGAGACAGAGAUCUAAUACAGGGGAUACAUCACACUCUAAUGGAGAUGGAAGCAGUCUUUCUGCAAUACCCGAGAAGGGGUCAGAUUGUUUGCAGCUUCCACAAAGUGCUAAUACGGAGUUGCAUUUAUUACAAUGCGAUCAAGAAGGAAGGAAGUCCUCUAGAAUCCCUGAUAAAGUUUCACAAGACGGAUAUAACUGGAGGAAAUAUGGGCAAAAACUUGUUAAAGGAAAUGAAUUUGUUCGGAGCUAUUACAGAUGUACACAUCCUAAUUGCCCAGCAAAAAGGCAAGUGGAACGCUCACAAGGUGGCCAGAUUACGGAUACCGUUUAUCUGGGUAAACAUGAGCAUCCCAAACCUCAACCUAGUCCCCAGAUGGCUGCAGGCUUGGUAGUGCCCAUUAAAAAAAAACGAGAUGAGCCUUCUUUAGCUGCUGAAGACGAUAAAUCAUCUAAUGCACAUGAUCCAACAUCUCAUCAUGUUGAGCCAGUAGAAACCCCGAGGCUUUCUACUAGUUCUCCUGAUCGUGCUGUGGAGUGUGCGAUUUCACAAUCACAUAGAGCAACAGAUGCAGUUGACCACAGUGGCAUUCCAGACUCUAAGAGACAGAAGAAUGACAUUUGCAACAGUAGCGAGACUUUGGUGGAGAAGCCGAAUGGGGAACCAAGGAGGGUUGUCCAAUCUGUGAGUGGGGUUGAUAUAGUGAACGAUGGCUAUCGAUGGCGCAAAUAUGGACAGAAAUAUGUAAAAGGCAAUGCAAAUCCAAGGAGUUACUACAGGUGCUCAACUGCCAGUUGCUCGGCGAAGAAACAUGUCGAGAGGGCAUCUCAUGAUCCAAAAGUGGUCAUUACCACAUAUGAGGGACAACAUGCCCAUGACACGCCACCUGCGAGGACCGUGACCGUUAACACAGCAGGUGCCGAUUCUAAUGUAGUAUCGCUCAACGGGGAGUCAAGAUCUACACCUGAGGAAAAAAGUUCAGGGUCUUGAGAAGGUGGUUCAUGCUAGUGCAAAUUGAGCCACAAUUAGCUGAACAGAAUAUUUAUUCCGGUUGCAGUAACAUAUGCAAGUUACUAUUAACAGUGUGUGCAUCUGGAGUGCAAGUGCUUUUUUUGUACUCUCUCUCUCUCUCUCUCUCUCUCUCUGGGACAGUUUCUCUCUUGAACUACCAUGCCUCUAAUUGGCUUACGAUUGGGGAAUUCCGUAUUGGGUGUAGAAGUUAUUCACUAACACAAUAAUAGAAACUAUAGAUGUUGUAAAGUGUAUCUACUUCAGAAGCUCCAAAAGAGUUUCUUGUUGCUGCGAUUCUGAAAUAAGCAUAUCUUCAUGUGGGUAUUUUAAUA